AUGAAUUCAACCGAAUCUUUCAAAGGUAACCCAUUGAACAAGAUCAUAGGUCUAUCCAUAAUUUUAUCCAUGGGAUUUCUCUUGGUGGUUCUUGCAGGGGUCAACGGAAACUGGUACCCAAUUAUCAACGGAAUUAUAGCAGCAAUUGCUCAUUUGCCUGUGGUAAUAACAAAAGCUUUGAGUGAUUCAAGUGAUUAUGACUUCAACUUCGAUCCUGCCACCAGUUCACAGGGUAAUUUCAUCAAAGAAGCAGGUCAAUUUGUGUCAGCAUUUUUAGUAGUGAGUGGUAUCUCCUUACCAAUACUUUUACAUCAUUCACUAAUUUUGACGAAGACAGCUACAGUCUUAACAAUUAUAGGAGGCGCCUUGAUUUACGGUACAGUUUAUACAUUCAGUCUGUAUUUCGACGAAUCUGAAGACGAAGUUAAUUUAGCAGAGGGUGGGGUUAUCUAG